UUUGAUGUUUAUAUUGUCAGUGAAUUAAAUAUGACUAUAUAAAUGAAUAUUCAUAUAGCAUAGCAUAGCAUAUCAGCCAGUUAUAGCCCAUGUGUGGCCCUUGUCUUUAAUCCAGAUCAUUGUUUGCAGCAUGAGGACUGAGGGAAAAGGGGCUUUGUGGACCGGAGCUGAGAUGCAGACACGCUCUGUCAGUUUAAAUCUAGAUUGAAAACACAUCUUUUUAACCUGGCGUUCACAUAUAACAUUAUCCUAUUAUUCAAGAUUAUUGGGCUGCAUAAAACACUUCCUAUAACACCCGAUGUACUCGCUACAUCAUAAGACGGAGGGCAUCUAUGCUAAUUUUAGUUUUUCUGUUUAUUCUGAGGUUAACUGUAAUCAGCCAGACCCGGGCCGUACCCAGAUCAGAUGGAGGACCUGAGCCUAGACAUGACAACAACACAUCCCUGAAGUGCCCGCGGAUCUUGUACCUGGAUUUCCUCAGACUGUAUGUGUUGAAAGCUGAUGUGGGACGUGUGGGCUGUUUUUUGCCUCUUCUUUCAUUGGUUUUCGUGAUUAUGUCCUCUCAGAUCUGGACUUCCUCUCAGGCCAUGUCUUUCGAAAGCAGGUUUGGGAUGUUUUGGCACUUUUUGACUCUAUCGAGGAUUUUUCAUCCAUUGGUUCUCAAUGUUUUCCUCUCUGGCCUGAUUGACAUGUCGUCUGUUUAUAGUUUUUUGUUUGUUGGGUUUUUUGCCUCUUUGUAAUAUUUCUGCUUUUGCCUACUGGCUCCUCUUGCAUUUUAAAAUGUAUUUUCUGUCACUUUUUUUUCUUUAAAUACUGUUAAUGAAUUGUUAACCUGAUACCUGUUUUAAACAAAUGUCUAAUUUUUUUAAUCUAAUUUUUCUUAAUUUCUUUUUCCAUUGAGUAAAAAGUCUGUUUGCAUUAUGCUACAUAUAGGGAUGCUAAUAGAUAUCGGACAAUAGAGUAAAUAGAAAAACGUAUUUAUAUUCUAACUUUAUACUGUAGAAUUAAAAACUGUAGAAUUACAGCAAAUGUCUGGAACCAUAUAUCUCUAAUAUAUAAUGAAGAGGAGGAGCUGAUGAUGUUUAAAGGAGGAGCUGUAACUAUAUAUAAUAAAGAGGAAGACAGACAGAAGCGGACAGAAGCAGAAAUGUCUGAUCAGUGUGAUCUGUGUCUGCUGGGACUGAUCAUUCUCUCUUCACUUCUCACAGGCACCAGUGGAGUGGAUCAUGUGUUCAUCAGUUCUGGUGUAGAUGUCCGUCUGUCCUGUAAUAAAACUCUUUCUGACUGCAAAUCAACUACAUGGAUCUAUAACAGCUUCAGAGGUUCACAGACAGUUGAACUGAUUACUUUAGGGAUAAAGAAUGAAGACACAGAGAGACAUGAGAGACUGAGUCUGGAGUCUGACUGCUCUCUGAACAUCAAGAACGUCACAGAAGAAGAUUAUGGAUUAUACAGAUGCAGACAAUUUGUGAACGGACAGAAACAUGGACCUGAUGCACAUGUUUUUCUGCAUGUUCUUCAUGUUUCAGUGUCUCCAUCAUCAUCAUCAUCAUCUUCAUCCUCACAGACUGAGAUCAGUCCAGGCCGCUCUGUGACUCUCUCCUGUCAGUUGUAUUCAUAUAUUGGAUACUCCUGUGAUGAUUUGGUCAGUUAUGAGGGAUUUGAGCUGUUGUGGGUGAAUCAGGCUGGUGUUGAUCUGAAGACAGACUCCAGAUAUCAGAUAUCACCAUCAUCAUCAUCAGAUCACUGUAACAUCAUCACUCUGACUACAACACUCCUGAAUGAAGAUAACAACAGACAGUGGAGAUGUCAGCUUACUCAGAGAAAUCAACUCCAGGCCUCAGUCACAUACACUGUCAAGUAUUCAGGUGAUGUGUGUGAACAUUCAUCUUCUGCAGCUCCAGUCUCUUCAACAACACUGACUCCAGUCAGCAGAUCAAACUCUGAGAAGACAUCAAGCAGAACUACAGCAACAGCUCCUACACAAGGUUCAUGAUCACAUGACCACUGGCACACAUCAUCACACUCACUUCAGUGGUUCGCACUGGCUCUUACAGACUGCUUUAUCAUUUACAUUUCUUCAUUUAGCUGAAGCUUUUAUCCAAAGCGACUUACAAUUAUGCUAUAUAUGUCAGAGGUCGCACGCCUCUGGAGCAACUAGGGGUUA